GAAACAUGCAAGAAACAUGCAUGAUUCAUGCAUGUACAUAUCCCUGAAUAUUCAUGUUUUUUCCAAGAGGGCAGCUUUCAUCCCAUCUGUGUAGGUUUUUUCACCUGUGACAAAUCUUUACAAAUCAAUCAUUGAACAAAAUAGCAUACACUAUUUAUUUAUUGCUUCUCAACAUGUGCAGAUGUAGCAAACGUUUUUUUACGAUAAAAUUAUGGACUACUAAGUACACCUAUCCCUACCCACUAUGAAAAAAGCUAUUAGUAUAGUAGAGAUUAGGGUCCCUAGUAGAGAUCAGUGGGGCGAAUGCAUAAUAAUUAUUGCCGCGAGAGGGCAGCAGGGUACAGUCAAUAACAAUGGCGGAUGGUGUCAACUGUGACGGGUGAUUUAUGAGUUCGCCAAAAAAGAUCGAAUAGCAAUGGAUUUCCAGGCAUGACAUGGCUGACGAUCAAUUAGUACCACUGGAAGGGGCAUGUUCCAUAGUGCCAGGACUGGAAGAGUCCAUCUGCCUGGAUGACACUGUACACAAUACACCAGUAGAGAUAGAAACAGAUACAGACACAAUUGAAAAUGUAUCCUUGAGUGAAAACGAUGGAGACAUGCAGAGUGAAGAUAAGGAUGCCGUGGGUGGCAUCCUGGCUGUAAUCCCUGCACUACCUAAGCAGGUGGGUCGCCUAGUUGGCAAUGCGCCUGAAGUUGUGACAUUCCAAGACGAGGAUAUCUCGUACAUCGUCCAGCCUUGCGGCGGGCACGCUAGCGCUCAAGCGCCGUCGCCAACCUUGGAUGCGCCGGUCACGAGAGGGUUGCACGAACGAGAGGAAGAGGACGACGACGACUUAUACCCGGGAACGGAAAUCGUGGCCGGCGAUGCAGGAAUUUGCGUCUUCAGCGACCGUCCACGUGUCGAGGCGGAGGGGAGCAUGUCACAGACGAGUGGGGAUGUAGGCGACGACCAGGAGGAUGGUGAUGUCUCACUGGAUGCUCGUGUUGGUUCAAACACAGAGAUAGAUGACACAAGUGGUCACCUUCAGGAGGAGAAUACAGAACAAUCUGGGAAUGUAGAACAAUCUGGCGAUAAUAGUUCGGAGAACGAUCAGGAUACAGCUAGGAGUCUUCCCAUGCAGAUGCUACAGGAUGACCAUGGAUUUGAAAGUCAAGCUAUCGGCAGCCCUGCCUCGAAACCAGAUCUGUGCAAGUACUUCAGCAAAUCUGACUCCGUUGUGACGCCACGUCAUCCCACCUUAGAGUCACAGCAGAGUGUGUUGUCAGAGGUGAACCCUGAGGGAGAAAAAAGCGUCAGUGAUUUUUUCAGAAUGCCACAAAAUGCCACGGACGACACAGAGGGAUUGGCUUUCUUUGACUCCGCUGCGGCAGACGACGUGAGAGAACGGAGGAGGACCCUGUCUCAAACUUCCACUGGCUCCGGCUUCUCUCCUCCAAUGCCUGCAGAGACAUCUGCGACUUGGCUUAACUCUAUGGCGACUGUGAGUGAGGUUGACAGAAGUCAGGAUGCUUGGAUCCCCUCGGAGCAGACGCGACAGACCCUAGUUGCCAUGGCGACAUCGCUGCCAGGCUCCUACUUUCCAGACCAGGACAGCCUGACAAUGCCUGGGGUUAUUGUAGAGGAUCUGAUGGGCGACCCAGUGCGCGACCUGGUGGAAAGAUUCAUGGGCGAGCACGAAGCAGUCAAGCGAACGUCUCUCAUUCAAGAUCGCCUCACGGCCGAUGUAGAUGGCUUGGUGCAGCUUAUCAAUAGGGGAAACUAUCGUGCAGCCGUGGACCUCACUGCUCAGCUGUUGGCUACACAUGGGCAAGGGCCAGGCAAGAGUGGACAUCUUACCACCAACACUCCUGACACACUACAGCUGUGGUUUCUGCGCAUGGCGCUACUCAUGCGUCUGGGCCAGUACAACAGCGCUGAGGUAGAAAUCGAAUCUUUCGGCGACAUGGACCGUCCCGACAUCUACUAUGACUAUUACCAGGAUGCGUACAACUGCCGGCGCGGCUCGAUCGUGCCGUUCUCACUGCGUCUGCUGCACGCGCAGCUUCCACAGUACGUGCACAAACCGCAGGACUCACUCGAUCGACUAUACGCCAUGCACGCCGUCGUGAAAAAGAUCGGGAAGAACUUGGCUGCUGGAUUUUCAGAAGAUGGUAGUCAGUGUGAGCUAUCUGUAGAUAGCAGGAAAGCAUCUGAGGACCUGUGGGCAGGCAGGGAGGUGCGACUACUCUACUCCAUUGCCCAUGCAUUGCUAGCUGUCAAGGAUUACAAUCUGGCCAUCCAGGUGUAUGAGCAGCUAGUGGCACGAGACAGCGAGCAUGCGGUGAAGCUAUGGGGAGGCAUCGGGCGAUUAUACCUGCAGAUUGGCUGUUUGGCAAAUGCAGAAGAGAGCUUUGACUUGGCAGAUGCACAGGAUAAAGAUCCAACACCCAGCAGUCGAUGUGGACGCCUUAUGAACAGGGCAUAUAUGCAAGUAGCUCACAACUCGUUUUCGGAGGCCUUGUGGCUGUUUAGGGAGGCAGCGCAAGCCGAUGCCAACAACAUCAGUGCUGUCAACAACGUUGCUGUCUGCCUGCUCUACCUUGGUCGUCUGAAGGAGGCCAUCGCCACCCUUGAAGAGUUGGUGCACUGCAACCCAGCCGUGAACACGCACGAGGGGGCCGUAUUUAACCUGUGCACAUUAUAUGAACUUGAGUCGUCGCGGGCACUGACCAAGAAACAGGCGCUGCUGGAUUUAGUCAGCAAACAUCAAGGUGAUGGUUUCGCUAUUAGUUCACUUAAGAUGGCUUGAUCAUUGUAACAGGAAAUUAUAUGUAAAGCUAGUAGCGUGGUCUCAGUAUGUAUAUAUAGGAGUAUUAUGACCAUGUUGACAGCAUUUGUGUGAAAAUGGUAAAUGUGAAUAAAGAAGUCGGUAUAUUACAA